GGGAGACAUCUCCCCGUCCUUUCACCAGCGCCCUUCUUUCCUCUCAAAGCGCCGACUCCUCCUCCUCCUUCGAUUCCUCCAGAUUUUCUAGGGUUAGGGUUUGUGUUUUCCUUCAGAAUUUGAGGGGUUUGAUCUUUUGGUUGUUGGGGAAGAGCUGGGGGACGGGGAAGGAUGGCGAUGCAUGAGAGGAAGACGAUAGAUCUGGAGCAAGGAUGGGAGUUCAUGCAGAAGGGGAUUACCAAGCUGAAGAAUAUCCUUGAAGGACUUCCUGAAUCGCAGUUCAGCUCUGAGGAUUAUAUGAUGCUUUAUACGACGAUUUAUAAUAUGUGCACGCAGAAACCGCCGCAUGAUUACUCGCAGCAGCUGUAUGAUAAGUAUCGGGAAUCGUUUGAGGAGUAUAUUAAUGCGACGGUAUUACCAUCACUAAGGGAGAAGCAUGAUGAGUUUAUGUUGAGAGAACUAGUGAAGAGAUGGUCUAAUCAUAAAGUUAUGGUCAGAUGGCUUUCUCGCUUUUUUCAUUAUCUUGAUCGUUAUUUUAUUGCUCGGAGAUCACUUCCUGCACUCAAUGAAGUUGGGCUGACUUGCUUUCGUAAUUUGGUAUAUCAAGAAAUCAAUGGAAAAGUGAGAGAUGCUGUGAUUUCUUUGAUUGAUCAAGAACGGGAAGGGGAGCAGAUUGAUCGGGCAUUAUUGAAGAACGUCUUGGAUAUAUUUGUGGAAAUUGGGCUGGGAAGUAUGGAUUGUUAUGAAAAUGAUUUUGAAGCAGCCAUGCUCAAAGAUACUGCAGCCUAUUAUUCUCGAAAAGCAUCAAAUUGGAUUUUGGAGGACUCGUGCCCAGAUUACAUGUUAAAGGCUGAGGAGUGCUUGAAGAGAGAGAAGGAUAGAGUUUCUCAUUAUCUGCACUCUAGCAGCGAGCAGAAGUUGUUGGAGAAAGUGCAACAUGAAUUGCUAUAUGUAUAUGCAAGUCAACUUCUGGAAAAGGAACAUUCUGGAUGCCAUGCCUUGCUUCGAGAUGACAAGGUCGAUGAUCUUUCAAGGAUGUAUAGACUAUUUUGUAGGAUACCUCGUGGUUUGGAUCCUGUUUCCUUGAUUUUUAAGCAGCAUGUCACUGCUGAAGGUACAGCCUUAGUCAAACAAGCAGAAGAUGCCGCAAGUAACAAAAAGGCCGAGAAAAAAGAUGUGGUCGGCUUGCAAGAGCAGGUUUUUGUUCGCAAGGUCAUUGAACUGCAUGACAAAUACUUGGCCUAUGUAAAUGAUUGCUUUCAGAACCACUCCCUUUUCCAUAAGGCACUCAAAGAGGCCUUUGAAGUUUUCUGCAAUAAAGGUGUUGCUGGUAGUUCAAGUGCCGAGUUGUUGGCUACUUUUUGUGAUAACAUACUAAAGAAGGGUGGCAGCGAGAAAUUAAGUGAUGAAGCUAUUGAAGAGACACUUGAAAAGGUGGUUAAAUUGCUUGCAUAUAUCAGUGAUAAGGAUCUUUUUGCUGAGUUUUACCGGAAAAAACUUGCACGAAGGUUGCUGUUUGACAAAAGUGCCAAUGAUGAUCAUGAGAGGAGUAUUUUGACAAAGUUGAAGCAGCAAUGUGGAGGGCAGUUCACUUCCAAGAUGGAGGGCAUGGUAACUGAUUUAACCCUGGCUAGAGAAAAUCAAUCGAGCUUUGAGGAAUAUCUUAACAGUAAUGCAAAUGCAAAUCCUGGAAUUGAUCUCACAGUUACCGUUCUAACUACUGGAUUUUGGCCAAGCUAUAAAACCUUCGACCUCAACCUUCCAGCAGAAAUGGUCAAGUGUGUGGAAGUGUUCAAAGAGUUCUAUCAGACAAAAACCAAACACAGAAAACUGACAUGGAUAUAUUCAUUAGGUACCUGCAACAUCAAUGGAAAGUUUGAGCCUAAAACCAUGGAGCUAAUUGUGACUACUUACCAGGCAUCUGCGCUACUAUUAUUUAAUGCCUCAGACAGAUUAAGUUAUUCAGAGAUUAUGGCUCAACUGAACUUGACGGAUGAUGAUGUAGUUAGAUUGCUCCACUCUCUUUCUUGUGCGAAAUACAAGAUCCUUAAUAAAGAGCCAAAUACUAAAAACAUCUCGCCUACUGACUAUUUUGAGUUCAAUUCAAAGUUUACGGACAAAAUGAGACGUAUCAAGAUACCGCUUCCACCAGUGGACGAGAAAAAGAAGGUGAUAGAAGAUGUAGAUAAGGACCGAAGGUAUGCUAUUGAUGCGUCAAUUGUUCGUAUUAUGAAGAGCCGUAAAGUGUUAGGCCACCAACAGCUGGUUAUGGAGUGUGUGGAGCAGCUUGGACGCAUGUUUAAGCCGGAUUUCAAGGCUAUCAAGAAGCGAAUUGAGGACUUGAUAACAAGAGACUAUUUGGAGAGGGAUAAGGACAACCCCAACACGUACAGGUACUUGGCUUGAUUGGUGUUUCUUCGUGUUGAGGCAUGUUAUCUACCGAUCAUUCUAUCUAAAGAAAGAAGAAAUGCCCCCGAGAACAAGACCUCCAAUAAAAGCUCACAUUACCAUGCUUCUGCAAAAUCUUGUCAUAAAUCAUAUAUUCCGAUGCUCUGUAGUAUAUAUCUUUCUUGAAGCCCUGCUAUGACAAGAUAAACAUCUGCCGUUGUAAAUUGUGUGGUUCUUGUUUUCCGCCUGUUAUCGCAUUUUGAUAUUGUUAUAGCCUUUCUUCAGGCCAAUACUUCCUAUCCUUAUACACCAAAUUAUUAAAAUGUAGGCUGCAAAAUUUAAGUCUUUACAGGCUUUUAACUGUCGUAUCUCCUGUUUUAUGGAACCUGUUUAGUUUUUAUAAUGUCAGAUGUCUUAUGUCGAAGAGGCUGCUAUAAGCUCUUCUACCUUCAUUUCUUGGUGAGCUCUUUUACUUGUUAAAUGUCUUAUGUUGAAGUGCCUAUCUGCUCUUCUACUGUAAUUUCCUGGCGAGCUCUUUUUGUUUUCAA